CCGUCUUCAACAACCUUUCAUACGCACUCGAAUCCGAAUACAUUAAAACAGUUUCCUCGAGAUUUGCGUUGGAUAAAUCUUAGAUAGUUUGAUUCUUCAAGACCUUUCAUUGUUUUUGGAGGGGAGAAGAGAAAAGAAAAGAAAAGAAAAACAGAAGAAAAAAAAAAGAAAACAUCAAUUGGAAGUAAAACAAAUAAACAAACGACAACGUCACUACCAAAGAACCAAACCCUAAUUAGUCAUAUUUGGGAUCUUUCAAAUCUCGCGUUACUUCUACUACUCGUUUAAGAUCUUCGUCUCUGAAAUCAGAAUGAUGCUGCGUAUUUGAGUUGAGGUCAUGUCUUUUGAAGCCAAGGCCCAUCAGUUGUUGAAUAGAUAAUGACCAUUCUGAUGGAUAACUCUGCUCCUUCGUCCCGGGAGCUUGUUCAACGUCUUCACAAUAAGAAUAUUGAGUUGGAGAAUAAGCGUCGCAAGUCAGCCCAAGCAAGAAUCCCUUCAGAUCCGAAUGCAUGGCAACAGAUGCGUGAAAAUUAUGAAACAAUCAUCCUCGAAGAUCAUGCCUUUUCGGAGAAACAUGAAACAGAGUUUGCUCUCUGGCAGUUGCAUUAUAGACGAAUUGAGGAGUUGAGAGCACACUUCAGUGCUGCUUUAGCAUCUACAGGAUCAACCGCAGCACAGGCUGGAAAAGCUCCUGCUCCUGGACGACCUGACAGAAUUAAGAAAAUCCGUUCUCAAUUUAAAACGUUUCUUUCAGAAGCUACAGGCUUUUACCAUGAGCUUAUAAUCAAAAUUCGGUCUAAAUAUGGUCUUCCUUUGGGAACUUUAGCUGAGGAUUCAGAAAAUCAGAAUAUUCUCUCGAAGGAUGGAAAAAAAUCUAUUGAGACGAAGAAGGGGUUGAUCUCAUGUCAUCGUUGCCUGAUUUACUUGGGCGAUCUAGCUCGCUACAAAGGUCUUUAUGGAGAAGGGGACUCUAAAGCUCGUGAUUAUACUACCGCGUCAAGUUACUACUUGCAAGCUGCCUCCCUAUGGCCUUCAAGUGGUAACCCCCAUCAUCAGCUUGCGAUUUUGGCUUCCUACUCGGGAGAUGAUCUGUUGUCAGUUUACCGGUACUUCCGAAGUUUGGCUGUAGAUAGCCCUUUCUCGACCGCAAGAGAUAACUUAAUUAUUGCGUUUGAAAAGAACCGUCAGAUUUACUCACAGCUUCCUGUGGACAGUAAAGCUUCUUCAGUGAGUACUACACCUGUGCAAAGCCCAGCUAAAGUGAGAGGAAAAGGGGAGAAUAUGCAUCUAUCUAAAGAUGUUACAGUUGAAACAUCUUCGACCAAAGAAAGAGUACUUAGUAUAUCUGAGAUGUAUAAAGCUUUCUGUGUUCGUUUUGUGCGACUGAAUGGCAUUCUUUUCACACGAACGAGCCUGGAAACAUUUACAGAAGUGUUCUCCUCCGUUAGCAGCGAUAUCCAUGAGCUUCUUUCUUCAGGUGGAGAAGAGGUGUUGAAUUUUGGUUCUGAUGCUGCUGAGAAUAGCCUUGUCUUUGUUAGGCUCAUUACGAUUCUCACAUUCACUGUCCAUAAUGUGAAUAAGGAAACUGAGGGUCUAUCAUACGCUGAGAUCUUACAGCGUUCAGUUCUGCUCCAGAAUGCUUAUGUAGUUGCUUUUGAGUUUGUGGGAUAUGUUAUUAAAAGAUGUGCACAGUUGCGUGAUCCUUCUUCAAGCUAUCUUCUUCCUGGCAUCCUCAUUUUUGUUGAGUGGUUAGCAUGUCGUCCAGAUAUUGCUGCUGGUAGCGAAAUGGAGGAGAAACAGGCCACUGCUAGAUCUGUCUUCUGGAAGCACUGUAUAUCUUUCUUGAACAAGCUCAUGUUGGUUGGGUCUGUUUCUGGCAAUGAUGAUGCAGAUGAAACAUGUUUUUUCAAGAUGAGCAAGUACGAUGAUGGGGAAACAGGUAACCGUCUUGCAUUGAGGGAGGACUUUGAGUUGAGAGGGUACGUUCCCCUCCUUCCAGCGCAGCUCAUUUUGGAUUUUUCGAGGAAGUACUCCACUGGAAGUGAUGGUGGCAGACAGGAGAAAAGGGUUCGUAUACAGAGGAUUUUAGCUGCAGUGAAGGCUCUUAUGGAUGUAGUGCGGAUUGAUCAUCAGACAAUGUAUUUUGACCAGAAGCUGAACAAGUUUUCCAUUGGUGUCCAACCUCAAACUCCCGAUGUUUCUUUGCUCGCUAUAUCAGACAUGCCAAAACCGAACGGCAUGAAGCAAGAAAAUUUGAUGCUGUACACGAAAGGAGAAGAGGAGGAUGAAGAGAUUGUUUUCAAGCCUACUGUAGCUGAGAAACCCAUUGAUGUUGUUGUUUCUCUUGGUUUGAGCACAGCUUCUGUGGCCCAUGGCCCCAGUGGAAACGUUUCCAAAGGUGAACCAGGAAAUUACUCUGAAACAUACACUUCCCCAGUCCAGAGUCCGAGUCCGCAGCAUGUUCUUGAUGAUCGUACUCAUUCAGUUCCUUCUUAUGGCAAUGUGGUCCCUAAGCAUUCACAGCCAAUCAAUUCCAGUGUUCCAAAUUGGCAUACAAAUCAGCAGGAUUACUUUUAUAGUGAAAUGAAAAAUUUGAGUGUUGUCGAUAAUGGGAAUGUUAUGAACGCCAAGUCAGGAGAAUCUUUUAAUGCUAGUGCACUGCCUCCUAUGGUGUCUCAUUCUUUCCCACAAAAUACCAGUCUAAUCGCUGGUGGUAUGUUUACGGAUCAAAGGAAAGCAGCUGAAGCUGUGGUACCAUCAAAGUUUGAUGCCAUGUAUUCGGGACCGAAUGCUGAGAGUCUCACAAUGAAGCCAUCAGCAGCACUGGCUGCAAACUCGAGAAAAAGCCCCGUGAGUCGUCCUGUUAGGCACCCUGGCCCCCCUCCUGGAUUUAGUCUUCCUCCCAAGGCAGUGAAUGAGCCUGUUGUUGGUGCUGGUUUAAAGAAUGAGAUUCCACAGCUUGAUGAUUAUCGAUGGCUUGAUGGGUACCAGUUAUCCUUAUCAACCAAUACCAUGGUUCCUAGUAACUUCAUCAACAGCAGUUCACAUGGAUACCCCCAUAUGAUUAAUAACAUCAACAAUGCGUCGGGUGCAACCAGCCUCCCUUUUCCUGGACAACAAGCUCCUGUUGAAGCCGAGAAAACUUGCCAGGAUUACCAGCUGCUUGAGCACCUCAAGUUAUACCAACAGAAUCAGCAUCAGCAUCAGCAAGCAAAUCAGGAUUCUCUCCCUCAUGUGGAGAAUUAUCCGGGACAGCCCCUAUGGUCUGGCCGUUUCUUCGUGUGAGAUCAUUACAGCACUGUAGAUGGUGGCAAGAAUACAUGGUGGUGAUUACCUUGCAACCUGGUGUCUGCCAAGAUUGCCCCCUCUUUUAAGUGUUACAGAGUUUCUAUUGAAGCAUGGAUGGUCUUGGAAUAUUGCAGGCACCUGUCUUUGAAACAGGUCAUCUGUCUCUCCUCUCUCUAGCGAUAUUUUUGGUGUCUAGGGUGCCGAGCUUACCAGACUGGAGGAAUGAAUUAAUGGUUUGAUUAGUGAUGGAAACGUUAAAGAAGAGUAAGAGUAAGUAAUUGCGCUUGUCUGGAUCUUCUCGCAGUAUGGUUGGACGUUGAUUGAAGGGUUUUUUUACCAGAGGCCGUGGAACUGGUUUCGAAAGUUUUCAACCAAGGACUUUGGUGGUCAGCCAAAAGGGAAAAAGAAUUACGUUGGACUCUGAGAAGAAUCUAGCAAGUUGUCCUUAUCGUUGUUCAGGAGGGAAUGUGGUAUUUGAGUUGCCUUGAACGUGUUUCAUUUUCGUACGAGAAGAAGCAUUAUCAAAUUGUGAUUUGGUAGGGAGUUGCUGUUUGGAAAUGGAUGGAGACUCAAAGCGGGAUGUUACCUUGGUGAACAUUCCCUAAAAAUAAUUUGGUUUAUGUAAUAAUGUCUUAUUAUCCUAUUAUCUAUUGUUAGGUUAUCGCCUGAUGACCACGGUUUCAAGGUGAAUCUAUCUCUGGAUUGAAGUGUUACUAUGCUGUUUUGGAAUAAGUAACAUUAGUACUCCUUUUAUGGUUUUGGCAGUAAUUUUCAUGCUUUGCUCGA